AUGGUGGAGUUCGUUCGGGACUUCGACAUGAAGCUAACGGUAGAGAAACCAUACGAGUUCAUAGCCCACAUUCAAGCCCAGCCAAUGAUUGACAGUAAAAUCAUUGAAGCCCAAGAGGGCGAUGAGCUAUUGAAGAAAAUGAGGGAAGGGGUAAAGAACGAUGGGAAGUCCGAAUGGAGAGUCGGCACCGAUGGGGGAUUGUGGUACCAAGGCCGCCUUUGUGAGAGUUGGGAUGAUUGCCUCCCAUAUGCCGAGUUCGCCUACAACAAUAGCUUCCAAGUUAGCAUCGGUAUGGGACCUUACGAGGCCUUGUAUAGGCGUCCAUGCCGAGCCUCGCAUUGUUGGGAGGAAAUUGGCGAGAAGAGUUUGCUAGGACCGGAUCUGGUGCGGAUCACGACCGAAAAGAUUGGAAUUAUCCGGCGCCGCCUCUUGACGGCUCAAAGCAGGCAAAAAAGCUAUGCCGACACAAGGCGAAGGGACUUGGAAUUUGAAGCUGGGGACCACGUAUUUCUCAAGAUCUCCCUAAUGAAGGGCGUUUUGCGUUUUGGCAAGAAGGGAAAGCUCGCGCCACGAUUCAUCGGGCCAUUCCAGAUUUUGGACCGUAAAUACGUCCCCGAUCCUUUGCAUAUCGUCAGGUGGGAACAUGUGGAACUUAAGAAAAAUGCCACAUACAUUCUUCAGCCCACUCGAAUACUUGAUAGGAAGGAGCAGGUUCUACGCAACAAGGUCAUCCCGUUGGUCAAGGUGCUAUGGACCCAUCACGAUGAAGAAGAGGCCACUUGGGAGACGAAAGCAGAAGUCCGCAAGCAUUACCCAACCUUGCUUUAG